CCCCACCGCAGUGAUGUCACUGCACAGGCACGGUGACAGCGGAGCCAGCUCACGCAGAGCUGGAAAUGCUGACAAACCUUCCUGAAGCCUCACAGGGACAUCCCUCCAACACAGCCACACACGCUCCAGGGAAAACUCUAAACCUGUCCUGUCUUCCAGGGGCGCCGUGAUCGAAAGUGCUGCUUUCAGCUCCAGCCAAGAUUUCUGCCUGCUCAUUUGUGUUUCAACGAGUCUGCAUGAGAAAUUAAGCAAGUUUGAGCAGCCUGCUGUUUCUGACAGGCUUCCGAGGACUCCACGCUGGGCAAGUUUUACGUGCUCAGAGCUGACAGCCCUCAGGGGAGAUGAGUUCUCCACCUCACACAGGCCAGGGCUCUGCAGCAACUUCUUGGGUCGAGAGAUGACUUUGAAGUGACUCAAACCAUCGGCGUGUUGAGUGAGGGACCCAAUCAUAACUUGCUAUGGAGGAUGAUUUUUAAGAUGAAUACCUACUUUGGCGAUAAAUCCAAUACAUCAAUACCUGGAUAUUUGAAAGUGUCUGCACUAAAUAAUGGCAAUUUUUCUGCCAACAACUCCAAUGAGACGGCAACUAACCUGGAUUCACCUGCCUUGGCUACCAGUAGGGCGAUAAUUGUGGGGCUGAUCCUCGGUGCCUUUAUCCUCUUUGCUAUCAUAGGUAAUAUCUUGGUAAUUCUCUCUGUUGCUUGCAAUAGACAUUUAAGAAUCCCUACAAACUAUUUCAUCAUUAACCUCGCAAUAGCAGAUUUGCUGCUGAGUUUUACAGUCCUUCCGUUCUCUGCUACACUGGAAGUCCUUGGCUACUGGGUUUUGGGGAGGAUAUUUUGUGAUAUCUGGGCAGCAGUUGAUGUGCUGUGCUGCACAGCCUCCAUUUUAAGUUUAUGUGCAAUUUCUAUUGAUAGAUAUAUAGGGGUACGUUAUUCUCUGCAGUACCCAACGCUGGUAACAAAAAGAAGGGCAAUUUUAGCUCUCCUGGGUGUCUGGGUCCUUUCCAUGGUGAUUUCCAUUGGGCCUCUUCUGGGCUGGAAAGAACCAGCUCCCAAGGACGACAAGGAGUGCCGCAUCACCGAGGAACCCUUCUAUGCUUUGUUUUCUUCCUUGGGGUCAUUUUAUAUUCCUUUAAUUGUCAUCCUCGUGAUGUACUGUCGGGUCUACAUAGUGGCCAAAAGGACUACUAAAAACCUGGAAGCUGGGGUGAUGAAAGAAAUGUCCAACUCCAAAGAGCUGACUUUACGGAUUCAUUACAAAAAUGUUCAUGAGGACACCCUAAACAACACCAAAUCCAAGGGUCACAAUCCCAGGAACUCGUUAGCUUUCAAACUUUUAAAAUUCUCUAGAGAAAAGAAGGCAGCCAAGACGUUGGGAAUUGUGGUUGGCAUGUUUAUCCUGUGCUGGCUACCUUUCUUCAUUGUUCUGCCACUAGGAUCUCUGUUUUCAGCUCUGAAGCCACCUGAAACAAUUUUCAAGGUGAUUUUUUGGCUUGGCUACUUUAACAGCUGCUUGAAUCCCAUCAUCUACCCUUGCUCAAGCAAAGAGUUCAAGAGGGCUUUUAUACAGAUCCUGAAAUGCCACUGCCACCGUCGAAAGCAGCUGGGGUGGUGGCCCUACAGCUACAGAAACUGGAAUCGGUGCUCCUUUGAACACCACAGGAAAGACUCUCUGGAGGACAGCGGGAGUUUCCUGAGUGGCAGCCAGAGGACGUUAUCCUCGGCAUCUCCCAGCCCCGGGUACGUGAGCAAAAUCACUCACCCACACCUGGAGAUGUGCACAUUCCAGGAAUGGAAAAACUCCAGCUCCCUCCUGAGCCCCUUGCAGGAUGGCAGCGGGCAGAAGGAGCCGUGCCAGUUCUUCACCUUCAGCCUCUUCUCGGAGCGGAAUGGACACGUCCCUGCCGGCAGCCAAGGCUCCAGCAACAGGGACUGUGAGGCCACCUGUGACACACUGAACUGCAAAGCUGCCUGUGGAGCAAACACCACACUGGAAUGAACAGACCCCAACCAGUCUGUUCCCUUGGGACACCGACUUGUCUGACGUUAGGCCCAGGCAAAGAAAUAGACCUACACACGGUUCCUCAGGAUAGCACGGGAAGAAAAUCAGGGAGGAACAGGCAGAUUUAAGUCACUGGAGUGGCCAAGUGCAGGGUCUAACCAUAUUCCCAGGCAAUUUCCAGAGAAACUAUGGAAGCAUGAACAGAAUGCAGGGAAAGUGCUGCAUAAACCCAGGGAAGUGCACAUCCAAUUAUUGAGCUGUUGUGGAAGUGCUGUGGAACGGCCAAACACAUCUGUACAUAGAAAGAAUACAUAAACAGGGGGGUGGGCAGGGGCCAUGUGUGAGUGUGGGUGUCCAGGUGUGCCAGCCAUGUGGAUGGAUGUCUGGAAGUGGCAGUGAGCAGUGCAGUCCUGAUUGUUCCUCUCCAGGUCACCCCUGACUUUGCCUGUAGUUCCGUAUUGUUGCUGUACAUCACUGUACAUUCGCACUUUAGAAACUGAAAACAAUGUCAACCAUUAAAGUAAUUUCUCAACAAUUUAAACACUUGCACCUAUUACUGUAGGACUGGAAUUCAGCCAAGUUCCCUUAUCACCAUUUUCACUUCAAAAUAAAACACUCAUAGCCAUGAAGUUUGCCA